AGAUUGCUUCGGAUUAAUUAAAUAGCAAUGAACAGAACAGAAAGUGGACCCAAAUUCUAUAUACCAACUCUAUCAGAUCUUCUCAAGUUAACUAAGACGAAAACUAUAUAUGCAAAAUCAAAUCCUAACAGUCCUAGAAAAGAAACCCUUCUUCCCUGUCCACCUGAUACUGCUGGUGGGGGAGACGCACCGCAGGUUCCAAAAUGCGCAUGCAGAGUCCCAGAUGGCACAAAGUCUGCAAGCGAUCGGGGAAAAACUGGAGCAGGUGUUACAGGAUCUCGCACUGGUAGUACUUGCAAGAGGGAUAAGGAAUUGGCUCUGCCAGCUGGAGCCACUAACCCGGGGCUGCUCCGGCACAUACAUAACGCCGCCAGAUACCGACUACCACAGUGCUUUGAAGGCGCUUGUGUGUCUGUGAAACAAAGGACCCACAAUAACUGGGUACUCGGACAUUCUAUGUCGUUUAGCUCUGUUACUCCUGGUGGCUACAAAGUUUUAUUAUCAUACGUCGAUAAAACGAAAGCAAUAGGUUUGCCGUAUUUUGUAAUGGAAGCGGCACCAGGUGGACAAAUGAGCUGCGAGAUUCGUGUGGGACCGUCGAAGGGCACUAGAGCCACAAUUGUAGCGCAAAUGGCCGAUCGAGAAUUGUAUAGUUUUGAAAGUAUAUUCGACGCAUAUUUCAACAAUUUUACUACGUCUGUUAUUGGUGUAAACAAAGAAUUUAUUGCUUUACAUUACUUGCAGGCUAUAACAGAUCAGAUAUCACUUGGUGCGGAGGUAGUAGCUCGAGGACAAGCGUCGGAAUUAAGCUCAGCGUCUGGCGCGGCGCGUUGGGUGGGUGAAGACCACUCCGUGAGCGCUACUCUUGGAAACAGGGGACUAGAUCUGUGCUACGCACGAGCCAUCAAGCCCUUUCUCACUGUCUCUGCUAUGCUGGAGGUGGGGUUCGCAAUCCGACGAGCUGUAGCUACGAUGGCCUACGAGUGGCAUACAGACGCUUGGACGGUGCGCGGUUCCGUGGAUUCUGACGGACUAGUCGGGGCUACCCUCCAGAGAGCUUUGGGAGGCCAGAACACCCAACUAGCCUGCGCAAUAUCCGCUCUUCUCAACCAUCCCAAUGAUAAAUUCCGUCUUGGAUUCGGGAUCACUGGUGCUAUUAUUUAGUUACUAGCUGUGUCCGCAGCUUCGCACGUACCUUACCUUGUAGAAAAGUAGCUUGUCGUAGUGAUACUACCUUACCUUACCAUUCUUGUGUACGGUUUAUAUCCCUGUGGCUAUAUCAUGAUUUUUUUGCAUUAAGAAUGUCAGUAGGUUUUAUCCGAUAACAAGUACCCUGUAUUCCAAAACUAAGUACCAGUCAAAAUCCAUGUAGCCACCUCAGCUAAGAUGUCAAAUAUAUGACAAGGAUUUUCGAGUUAAAAAGAUCAUAUGUUACCAUCGGGCUUCUUUUAUCGCGAGGGUUUAACUUUUGAUUUAACUGCUUAAAAGAAUGACCAACAUACAAAUUCACUUAUGUAUGUUGGUCUGCACUCCAUUCGUCACCGGUUCUUAUGUAGGUUUGUAAGAGAGCUAAGUCAGUAGUGGUUUCCCACUGUCUGUUUCAUUUUAUUCCACUACAAGUAAGCCCUUUACUGCAACCUCCAGGUUGUACCUACAGCUGAUGCAUAAAUGCAUAAAAUGCGGGCUAACCUGUUAGAGGUACC